CUCCGCAUUCCGCUCAUGACGUAAUGAGAGCGGUGCCGUCGCGCGACCCGUGCUGCGUGCGCGUUUUGUGGUGGUUGAGAUGGGAGGCAGCGCGCGCGGACCCGGACCUACAUGGCGGGAUCAGCAGCGCGCGGCGCGGACACGCGUGAGUCGUGCAGCGGGCGCGCGGAGCCGCUAAGUCUGCUGGAGGUGCUGCGGAGCUACGAGCAGCCCAUCAAUGAGGAGCAGGCAUGGGCGGUGGGCUUCCAGAGCUGCAGGGGGCUGCAGGAGCGAGGCUGCGCGGGGCUCGAGCUGAAGGGCCCCGCGUCCAUCCUGCUGCACCGGGACGGCGCCGUCACACUGCGGCCGGACAGCGACGGCAACACCGCUGAUGGAGAUGCUGUACCUGCCUCACCUGUCCUCGAGAGCCAGCUGGUCCAGGCUCUGGGUGUGGCCAUCUACCGGGCACUGGACUGGGGGCUGGCAGACAGUGAGGAGCGGGAGCUGAGUCCACAACUGGAGAGGCUGAUCGAGUGCAUGGUGGGCGGGGCGGAGGGCGGAGACUCCAGCGGCUGCAGCAGAAAUGCCACAAAGGAUGAGGGCUACAGCGGCCCGGAGGAAGAGGAGGAAGAGGAUGAAGAUGAAGAGGGAAGCAUGCGUGCAGUACACACUUUUCGCCAGGUGAUGGCACUGUGUGCCCGCAGGCUGCCAAACCCAGCUUUGGCUCCUGAACACUACCAAUCAGUGUGCAGGGCUCUGUUUCUGGAAACCCUGGAACUCCAGACCUUCCUCUGCAGGAUCAGAGACGCCAAGGAGAUGCUGAAGAAGAUCAGGACAGAGGAGCCGCAGGAGGAGAGAUACGCUGCCGAACUGGACAACCUCAAACACACUGACUGGGCACGUCUGUGGGUGCAGCUGAUGAAGGAGCUCAGGCAGGGAGUAAAGCUGAAGAAAGUGGAGGAGCAGCCGUUCAACCCGCUGCCCACUGAGUUCAGCCUCACUCCAUUCGAGAUGCUGAUGCAGGACAUUCGGACCCGCAAGUACAAACUGCGCAAAGUCAUGGUGGACGGUGAUAUCCCCACUCGCGUCAAGCGAAACGCACAUGAGGUGAUCCUGGACUUCAUCAGAUCGAGACCACCACUAAAACCAGUGUCUGAGCGCAGUCUCCCGCCGCGGCCGCAGCAGCAGCAGUCGCUACACGACCGGGUUUUGGCGGAGAUCCGUCAGGAGCACAAACUGCGGCCGGUGGAGCCGCGGAGCGCCAAGAGACCGUUCGGCUCACUGCCCUGUUUGGCUCUCACCUGCCACUGCGACAUCAAAUCCACUUCCUGCAUUGAUCUGUCCGUCACAGAGACUGGGCCCCGCCCAUCGUCCCGCCCACGUGUCCUGCUCAAGGCUCCCACGCUGGCGGAGAUGGAGGAGAUGAACCUGUUUGAGGAUGAAGACUCUCCGGACGCCGCUGAGCUGCCGUGUGUGGAGAGUUCUUUGAAGCGUGAUCGCUCAUUCUCGGAGCACGACCUGGCAGAGCUGCGAGGGGACACCACCCAGCAGAGUGUGUGUAUGCGGACAGAGAGGCCGCGCUCAUACACACUCACUGGAGCUACACACACACACAGAGCCUCCUACCCUGUGGUGGGCUGGGUUCCUCCGUCUCCAGUCCGGCACUCUCUCAGCGCACUGGAGGAAACCAGUGAGGCAUCAGGACCCGCACCGGGUCUCAGCAGCCGCCAGUGGAUGGUCAGUUCCAGCACUGCAUCUACUGAGGAGUUUAGUCACCCGGUGGAGAGUUUGGCUUUAACAGUUGAAGAGGUCAUCAGUGUGCGCCGUGUGCUGGUGAAGGCUGAGAUGGAGAAGUUUCUCCAGAAUAAAGAGCUCUACAGCAGCCUCAAGAAGGGCAAGGUUUGCUGCUGCUGUCGGGUGAAGUUUCCUCUGUUUUCUUGGCCUUCAACCUGCCUGCUGUGUAAAAGGGCUGUGUGUGACUCCUGCAGUGCUAAGAUGAAGAUGCCCUCUAAAAAGAUGGCCCAUAUUCCGGUCUACACAGUGGGCUUCCACAGCAGCCCCCGGAGCCAUGGACACCGGAGCGAGGUCUACAAGUCUCUGCGCUGUCUCUCCAGACGCUCUGUUGAAGAGGAGUUCCCGUACCUCUAUGCUGGCGGCUGCAGUCUGAGGGACGUUUGCGCCGAGUGCACCAAGUUCGUUGCUGAUGUCAUUUCCUCCAGCCGCCGCAGCCUUGACAUCAUCAACAACACACCCAAAAAAGAGAAGCCACACCCCCAACACUACCCAAGAGGUGGAGUAAACUAAGGGACAACCUGGUGCUCUGCUGGGCUUCCCUUAUAAGACACGCCCUCUGACACGCCCCCUGGCAGCAAGACCAUCCCUCGAACUAAAGAGUUCAACAUUAUUAAGCUGCAGCUCCGCGGACCGAGGCGAGUCACUCCUUUAGAAUGAAAGAGUAAGGUUUGGGUUAGCUACCUCCUCAAGCAUGUUAGCUGGUUAGCUAGCCAGCUAUCUAAUAAACAUCAAACAUUUGAUUUUCCAUAAUUAAAUAAACAGCAGCUUUCAGUUUCAGUUUCACCUCAUGCUGAUGUUAGCUACCUCACCAAUUAUCUAGCUAGCUAACUUAGCUAAAUUGCUUGCUAGCUAACUAGCUUCUGCCUGAGACUCGGUCUGCGUGGUUGUAGCUAGGUGCGUUAGCGUUCGCUGUCCUGCAAGAAUGUGGGCUGCGGGCUGGACGCAGGUGCACUGAGUUUGACGUGGCCCACAGAAGAAGAUUCAGGUUUAGUGUUGCUGUUGCCUUGUUUAGCUUGAAUGUAACAUUAAUUAAUCAGUGGGCCGUGACCGCGCGGUGGAUAGUGGUGAGCACUGAGGCGUCAGUCUUUCACUCCUAAAGCGAUCCGUUUGGCACCAGAAUGUCCCUCAUGAGCAUGGAAUACGCUGCUUUAUGCUGCUGAUUUAUUCCAACCUCAGACAGAAUGUACAGUACUGUAUCUUCUGUAUGUUACGCUGUCUUAUUGGCUGAAUGUAUCAGGGGCCGAUUGUUAAGGACGAGGUGCCAGUUCUAGUGGCAUGGAGAACCAAAAUCACCUUCGACUCACACGUACACAGACACCUGGAACCCCCCACUGCAGCUGAAGCCACCACUCACGGUCUUGUGCAAUCUGCUCUUCUUUUGUAAAUGCUGUAGAUCUGCAAUAAAUCAAAGUGCAAACAGA